AUGGCCGAGACCGAUGAUGCAGGCGCCAAUCCGGUGAACGAACCACUCGACCUCGUCCGCCUCUCGCUCAACGAAGUAGUUUUCGUCAAACUCAGAGGAGACCGCGAGCUGCAGGGCAGACUACAUGUGAGGAUAUAUGAUUGCAAAGAGGCGAGGGGCGGCGCUGAUUGCGGCGACAGGCAUACGAUGGCCACUGCAAUCUGAUUAUGGGAGACGUCACAGAGACGGUCUACGUCGUGGACGAGGACGAUGAGCAAGAGAACGUGCGGACGGUGAAGAAACAGUCUGAGAUGUUGUUUGUGAGAGGUCCGUAGUAUUCCACGGACAGAUUGGAGAUUCGGGAUACUGACUGUUUUUCAGGUGAUUCGGUGGUCCUCAUUUCCCCACAGCAAUGA